AUGCAGCCCAUCAACCGCCCAAGAAAGGCUUGUGAUCUCUGUUACACUCGAAAGAUCAAAUGCGAUGGACAGCGGCCGCAAUGUUCAAACUGUAUCAAUUAUAAAACUGCUUGUACUCAUGCGGCUAGGAGUAGGAAGUGGAAGCCCAAAGCUCAGCAAAAUAUCCAACGUUCAGAGGCAGAUGACAUUCGAAGCCUGCAGGCACAGAUGCAACAAUUGCAGGAGCAGCUUGCUGAGUACCGAGAACAAGAGACAACACUCGUAACAUCAACAACGUCACAUGAUAUGUUCUUCAGUGAUGAGUUAAUCGAUGCCGAGAACUCGGCCAACAGCAUGACACUUCCCUCAUUGGAACAAACCAUGCACAUGACUGGAAUUUUCCUAAACACUUUCAACUCAAUGCUGCCACUCUUUCAUCCCGACUCACUUCUACGUCUUAUCGGAGAAACAUACGCCGUCCAGCCACGACAGCGUGAUCCUGUAUCAUGGGCUGCAAUCAACGUUGUGCUAGCUCUGGCACGUCAGCAGAUGCCUGAUCAAAGCGAGAUGGGCUCUGAGUAUGGUGCAACAAACGAUUAUAUCAAGAAAGCUCAAUCGGUAAUUUGGACGGUGACGAUUGGUGAAACGGGUCUUCUCAAUAUCCAGACACUGAUUGGGAUGACCAUGUUGCUACAAACAGCAAACGAUACAACGCCAGCGCUGGUCCUAAUAUCAGCGGCUAUGCGACUUGUUCAUAAGAUGGGCUUGCACAACCGUUUAUCCACAGAACAUCUGAGCCACACAGAUCAGAAACAACAUGCUAAUGUGUUUUGGCUGGCCUACAUAGCGGACAAGGAUCUGAGUCUGCGAACACAGCAACCUUCGGUACAGCUUGACGACGAUAUUGAUCUGGACCUACCAAUUGAACAGGGAGACGUUUGUGGCAGUGACGCUGGAGCAGGUGUUGUCACUACAGUUGACGGAAAUACGAGGCUAAAUUAUUUCCUUGCUCGCAUACAACUCGCCAACAUUCAAGGCAACGUAUACGAUCACCUCUACUCCACGCGCGCCUCAAAACGAACCCCGGAAGAAAGAAAGAUAUCGAGAGGAAGAAUAGUCAGAGCUCUUGGUAGUUGGAAAGAAUCAGUCCCCUCGGACUUUAACGGGGAUAAUGUGGUCAUCACUACAAGUAAUAACCCUUCCAUUGCAGCCUUUUUCUGCAUCCUUCACACACGGAGUCUCUUGUGUCUGAGUCUAAUCACCAGAUCCCACGCUUGGGAUGAGCAAUGGGUCGGUAAUAUACGUGAUUGCGGAAGAGGGACGCGAGUACUCCAGCUGCCAAGCGAGUGGACUGCAAUGAUCGGAGAAGCUAGAAACUACAUGAUACUAUAUGAUCAGCUGCACCAAAAAUACAGCUGGCUGAAAUGGUUUGCUGCGUGCACAUACAUCUCAGCAAUGGUUCUUCUGACAGCAAAUAAUAUGAACGAUUCUCAGCACGCAGAUUUCGCUGAGGAUACAGGCAGAAUUGAGAGGGGGCUUGUAUGGUUUAAAGAUCAUUUUAAAGAUAAGCCAACCAAGAUUUCUGACAUGCUUGGAGAUAUCUGCUCAGAAGCUGUGGAGGUGAUGAAACAGAGGCGCACGAAUAGUAUUGCUGCAGCUGUUGAGAGCACUUGGCUCACAGGGGUUCUUGAUGACAUAGGAUCUAUUUGGUGA